AUGGACUCCAAAGCCCAAAAGAAACCUGAGAGCUAUAAGAAAAUCAAAGAGAUCGGGAAAGGUGCCUGUGGUAAGGCCUACCUUGUCCAAGCUGAGACCAGCAAAGAAUAUGCUGUAAUCAAGCAGAUAGACGUCAAUCAGUACAGAUCCAAGAGCGAGAGAGAGAAAGUUUAUCUGGAGGCAAAAGUCAUGGAAGGACUCAAACACAAAUACAUCGUUGGCUUCAAAGAAGUCUAUAAGACCAAAAGCAACAAGGUCUGUAUCGUAAUGGAGUAUGCAGAUGGUGGAGAUCUUGCUAGCAAGAUUAGAAAAUAUGCAAACGCAAGAAAGCAUAUGAGUGAAGAGACUGUGCUUGAUAUGUUCACUCAGAUCUGUCUUGCCCUCAAACACAUCCAUGAUCGUAAAAUCAUUCAUAGAGAUAUCAAAGCUCAGAAUAUCUUCUUGAAUAAAAACGGUGAUAUCAAGUUUGGAGACUUUGGUGUCUGCAGAGUUCUUGAUGCUACAUUUGAAAAAGCUAAAACUGGAGUUGGAACUCCAUACUACAUUGCUCCUGAAAUCCUCAACGAUAGACCAUCUUACACAAACAAGGCUGAUAUUUGGUCUCUAGGAAUCCUUCUUUUCGAGCUUUGUAAGCUCGAUGUUCCAAUCAAGGCUGCUGGGCUUCCUGACUUGUACAGAAAAAUUAAAAAUUUCCGUACAGUUCCUUCUCUUCCAAGACAGUACAGUAAGGACAUGAGCGACCUUAUCAAAUCUAUGCUGAUUACUACCCCUUCCAAGAGACCCUCAGUUGUAGACCUGUUAGCUCAUCCAUGUCUGAGCAGCAGAGUGUCUAAAUUCCUUUCCCAAGAAGAGCAGAAUGAAGAAUUUAGCCACACUGUUAUCCAUAACUUUGACAUCCUCAACAAAAAGAAGAAAGGAAAAGCUCCUUUAGGCCGCCCAAUCUCCGCUAGAAAUGCUAAACCUCCUAUGGUAGAGGAAGCCAAAGGGACUCCUAAAUCUUCAAACAGCAAGAUGAGUUCUGGAGCUUCCAAAAAGACACCAGGAGGAUUCACUCCAAGGAAGAUUUCUGACAAAUUUAGCAGACCUGGGUCUGCCAACAAAUUUGCUAGACAAAACUCAGCUGGAUCCCUUGGUGUAGGGUCUAGACAAUCAUCAGCGAAAAAGGCUCUAGGAGUGAAGGAUUUCAACAAACCAGCCCAGACUCCUAAGCUAGGACUGGGUGCAAGGAAGUUUAGUGCAGGGGCUCUUCACGCUAGGAAGAACUCUCACGGAUUUGCAGGAAGAAAUUCCCCUUCAAAGCAACAAAAGUAUAGCUUUGGAGACAAGUAUGGAAAGCCAUCUCCUUCUCAGACCCCCAAAGCUGGUGGAGGUGCCAAGAAGUUAGGUGCGAAGGCGCCUAUUGGCUUCCAAAGACCAUCAAGUGCAAGAGCAGCUGGAGCUCAGAAGGCAAACGGAUUCGGCGGAGGCUACGCAGGAGGAGUGAACAACAGAAGAUUGUUUUAA